AAUCACAACCUCCCUUUAUAAACCCUAAAUCUCCAAGCCCCUUAUAGGCUCUCUUGUCUUCUAAUGAUAUCAAGCUCUCCCAUUUCUCUCCCUCAACAGUCCCAUUCGUUUGGUUUCAUCACACCCAUUAUUCUCCAGACACUUCGUCACAACCCCACAAUCGUAGCCAUGAAGGUGAGGUCAUCAGUGAAAAAGAUGUGUGAGUUUUGUCAGAUAGUUAAGCGUCGUGGACGGAUAUAUGUAAUCUGUAGCUCUAAUCCCAAGCACAAGCAACGUCAAGGCUUUGCAACAUUUGCUUACAAUGGCCUCAUAUCUGCGGAGACCACAGCCCCACCGAGAAUUGUACCCAGUCAAAGCAUGGGAAUAGGCCUGGCUUCUCUCUUACCCAAAAAGUAUGAACCAUCAACCAUGUAUGGAUGGAGGGCUGGCCUUUCAUCUUUCCUCUUCAAACAAGGGAAUUAGCUGGUGAAGAAUUGGAGUUGAUGAUUGACUUAUUGUAUCUGUUUUAGGCCUCAUGGAAAUGUUAUAUCACUCAACUUUUUUCAGCAAUCUGUUUCCUUUCACUUUGCUUCUACUUUCACUUUGUUGUUGAUACUCGUUUUUCAAAUCUGGUACCAUGAUCGUGCUAGCACUCAUGGUUUAGAUUGCUCUGUUUGAUACAGUACAUGGCGUGCGUAUGUAUAAGAAACUCCAAAUGCCUUUGAUAUGGCCUAGCUUCUUUCACUUGUACGAUAAAAAUAAAUGAGAUCAUAACAACGAGAUUUUUUUUUUU